AUGUGGCAGGAAUGUGAACUCGUGAAGAAGGCUUACAUCGCAGCGCGUGAUCGGAAACCGUGGGAGCAAUGGGUGGAGAACUUUGUCUCGUUCGUGCCAGGUCAGACGGAGGCUGAGCGGUCGUGGAAUUACAGCCUACGCCGGUUUUGGGAGAAGCACGGCGAGGUCCAUGCUUCGUCCAACGAUCCCAAACACAAACAAGAGAAGGCCAAGAACGAGUGGGUAAGGCUGGUGUCUGAGCUGCAUAAGUUCGCCGGGACGUCGGUGUUCCACUUUCUGUUUCACAAUGUCCACCCGUAUUGGGCCGAGAUCACGCAAGAGCCGUACAGUCUGGCGUCGAUGCAGACCAGCCUGGGUGAAGAGGAGACCGUACGAUACAUCGAGACGCAUGGGACGAGCCGAUGGCCCGACAUCGUCGCGUUUUCGGGAGGCAUGCGUCUACAGUAG